UUCACUGAGGCGCAGAGGAAUCCUGGGGCCACUUCACCUGUCUGAUGACUUAACUGUGCGUAACUUGACUCGGAGCCGCAGCCUCGGAUGCUCAGUGCGCGCUGCAGUGAAUCCCACUGCGAAACAGACGCACCAGUAAAAGCUGAAAUCGCAGGUUUUUUGUUUCUUUUCUUUUUUUUAAAAAAAGAGAGAAAAGUUUUGUGUUUGUCCCGCGUCUGGUUCUUACGCACCGACUUGUUGCCCCCAGUUGAGCAGUGAGGACGCGGCUGCUGCGUUGCGUGUCCGACCUACAAGUCAGUGAGCGACAGGACUUAAAAGCCUGCAGUCAGGAUGAUGUCCUACAUAAAGCAACCUCAUUACACCAUGAACGGGUUAAAUUUGCCUGGCCCCGGAAUGGACGUGCUUCACACGACCGUCGCUUACCCAUCUACACCCCGGAAGCAGCGCCGGGAGCGCACCACCUUCACCCGGACGCAGCUGGACAUCCUGGAGGCCCUGUUCUCCAAGACCCGCUACCCGGACAUCUUCAUGAGGGAGGAGGUGGCCCUCAAGAUCAACCUGCCGGAGUCACGUGUGCAGGUCUGGUUUAAAAACCGCCGCGCCAAGUGCCGUCAGCAACAGCAGCAGAGCAGCGGUCAGUCUAAGCCCCGCCCUCCCAAAAAGAAGGCCUCUCCUGUGCAGGAGCCCAGUGGCAUCCCCGACCCUGUCCCUAUUCCAUCAAGCUCCUACAGCCCGUCCCCAGUGCAGUCGGGCCCCAGCCUGGCGCCAAGCUCCAGCAACGGAAACACUGCCGUAUCCAUCUGGAGCCCGGCCAUCUCGCCACUCCCCGACCCCCUGGCCUCGUCCUCGGCCCCCUGCAUGCAGCGGCCGUCUCCUUACCCCAUGAGCUAUGGGCAGCCGUCGGCUUACACUCAAGGCUACGCCAGUACCACCUCCUACUUCACCGGCUUGGAUUGCAGUGCCUACCUGUCCCCCAUGCACUCGCAGCUGUCGGGCACCGGGGGCGCUCUCAGCCCCAUCACCGUGCCCUCGAUGGGGGGCUCGCUAAGUCAGUCCCCAGCCUCGCUGUCCUCUCAGGGCUACAGCACGGCCUCCUCCCUGGGCUUCACCUCCGUUGACUGCCUGGACUACAAGGACCAGCAGGCCUGGAAACUGGGCUUCACCACAAUGGACUGCCUGGACCACAAAGACCAAAACUCCUGGAAGUUCCAGGUGCUGUAAGACAGAAAGUGUGAGUCAGUGAGUCCAUGUGAGAUAGAGUGUGAGGCAGUUCUGCCGGAGGACUUGGUACCAUCAACUCUCAGUUUCUUCUUUGUAAAGAUCUUGUCUCGUUUUCUAAAGUUGACCCGUGUUAGUCGUGCUUUUUGUCUGAGAGACUUUGGUUAUUGGACGUCAGCGAGUAACUGUCUGUCACUGCUGCAGCCUGACUGUAAAUCACAUGUUCUCUUCAAAUCUUCAUGCUACGUUUAAUUAGAGCAGAGUCCUUUAAAGAGCUCAAGUCGUACAUUUGAAAACACACGACACAAUGACUCGGCACAAACUUGACACUUCUUCAUUUUCCUUUAAACUUACAUGACCACAUAGUGAGAGGAGAGCACGCUUAAGUGGGACUGCAAUGAUUUAAUAAUUGAUCAUUAAUUGAUUUUGAAGUUAAUGGCCAAUUUUGAGGGGUUUUUAGUAGAAUUUAAUAGAGUAAAAACAUUUUAAAUGUGAAUAUGUUUUGGUUUCUUUUACUCCUCUAUGACAGUAAACUUAAUAUCUUUGGUUUGUAGAUGAAAUAACAUUUGGGGACGUCAUCUUUUUGACUUUUGUGAAACACAUUUUACACCUUUGUCUGUAUUUUUAACAUGAAACAUGAGACGACUGGAUUCAUUGAACUUAUAACCAGCAGUUUUAUUUGCUUUUAUCAGUCGCAGCCCCGCUCUUAAGUCCUUUAUGUCACGUCCUCUUUUGGGGAUCAUUUAUUUGAAGUUAUUUAUUGUCAUUACUAUUGAUAUUAUUCUGUACUUAAACAUGUUAUUGGUUUUGUGUUUGGACCCUUUUUGAGUAUCUGUGUUGCAUUAUUGCAGUCUCUGCCCUUCAUAGUUCUAUCUUUCUGAUCUUGUUCCUCAAAUAAUUAGAUCUUCUGUUGUAGCUGUGUGACAUAUUAAAGCAGUUUUAUUCUUAA